AUGCGCUCCCUCUUCUCACGCUCCCCCGAUCUCGAAGGCGGCCAAAAUCGCGGCAUUUACAAGAAAGGGUUCACAGGCGACCAUCGCGGUCGCUCCCAGCUCCCCCCCAACCCCUCUCCCCUCUUCUCUCCCCAAUCCACACAUUCUCCCUUCAGCAUCCCAUCCGCAUCCUACAGACACGACACGAUCUUCCGAGCGCCUCCGAGUCCGAGUCCCAAGAGCGUUACCUUGAGCGAGCGAUCGUGGAGUGCGGUUUCGGGUGCGGCCAUCGUGGGUGGGAAUGCUGCUUGUGCUGCUCGGUUGGGGAAUGCGCGGGGAGGAGAAGGGUGUUUGGAUUGUUUGGAUCGAGAACAGGUUUCGCGUCUUGGUGAGUAUUUGGAUGUUCUUUCCGCGAGGGGAAUAGAGAUAGGGAAUGGGAAUGGGAGUGGGAAUGGAAAUGGAAGUGGAGUUCCUCGGAGAGGUAGAAGAGGUUUCAGUAUGAGUGAGACUAAUGAUGGUGAUGGUGAUCGACCGCUUCAUGUUUCUCCUACUUCUAUACCUGCAACUAUACCUGCAACGAUACCCCCUCCCAUUCCUAUCCCCCUCUCUCCACACUCCCGGCUUAAGAAAAAUCUCAAGCAGAAGGUUGCUGAACAUCAGUUUCGGAAUAAUAAAGAUGGGAGUGUGGGGUAUGGUUGUGAGCAUGAUGGGUUGCUGGGAGAGGGAGAGGGAGAGGGCGAUAAGGAUGUGGAGGAGAGGUAUCGAACGCGUGUUUUCGGAGAGGCGGUGAGGAAUGCGGUGGGUUUGCAGAGGGGAAUGGAGGGGAUGGGGUUGGGGUUGGGGAGUGGGAGUGGGAGUGGGAGUGGGAGUGGGAAUGGGAAUGGGAAUGGGACGGGGUUUCAAGAUAAGGAUGGAGAGGGAGAGGGAGAGGGAAGGAAAUCGGUAAUGCAAAGAAGAGGAGCAAGUGAAGGAGUGGGAGAAGGAGAAGGAGGCUUUACGGGACCGAUGAAGGAGAGGGAAAAGGGGAGGAAAGAGGAAACCCUGCCGAGGGAUUUGAGUGAGUUUUUGGAGAAAUAUGAUCCCAGGCCGGAGGAUUUGCCGGAUGUUUAUCCAAUGAGCGAACAUAGAGCAAUGCUGCGAACAAUGUAUCUAGAGGAUAUUUUGCACGCGACGGCGAAAUUGCAUAUGCAUCAUUGGAUUUUGUUGAGUCGGAAUGAGAUGUAUGAUGAUUUGCGUAUUCCCGCCCGCUGGGAUCGAAUCCAAGAAGAUCUCGAAAAAUACACCCGCUCAAUCCGCAACUACACCUACUGGCUCAGUUCUCCUAUCCCUCUCCUCGAUCUCCCCAAAUCAUCUCUUCCCCCGCGUUUCCAUCUCUACGGCAAACAACUCGCGAUUCUCGAAUGUGCGCGCGCGUGGAAUCAUCCGCGCGAAACGGAGUUGAUAAAUGAGUUGGAGAGGAAAUUGGUGGCGUAUCAGACGGAUUGGAGUGUGGGGAAUGGGGUUUGGGGGGUGUGA